UCCAAAAGGGAUAAAUUUAGAUAAGCGAUUGCAUCUAAGUAUAAAAUUGACUGAUGGCCAAUCUGAUUGCUCUUUUGUAAGGGAAAUGACGACUGCCCAAUCUGAUGGCAUGAUACGAUAUAACUGCUUCUUCUUCCAAGACGCUUCACAUCUCUAUAAAACCCUACAAAUCUCUUCAUUUUGCCACUCCUAUAACUUCCUUCCAGCAAAAUGCUUUUCUUUCAGCAAUUAUGACUGAGGGUGAAAAGGCCGAUGGUUUCUUCCAGCAAAAAGACAAACUCAUUCCUUUAUUAUGAAAAGGUCAGGAUCCUACUGUUUUGCUUACCAAACUUGUCGAACGACUUAGUUUAGCCUAUAAUUUCUACUGUUGAUGUCUGCCUAUCAUUCUAAAUUUUGUUGCUGGUAAAUUGUAUGGCGUGAGAAAGGAUGUUGUGGUUCAGUAUCAUGUCUGGGUCAAGGAUAAGGAAUUUGUGAUCAUGGAUGAAUUCCAGGGACGAUGAAUAUGAUGAUGAUAGUGAAAAAUCGAAGCAAACGAGAAUCCGUAACAAAACGGAUGUGGUCAGGAAAGUAAAUGGGAAGAGAGUGUUGAUUAUCUUAUCCUGCUGUAGGCUCACUUGCCUCGAAUUUCUCAAAACUAAUGAUGCUCUGCUCAAAAUGGGGGCUGAUUGGAACUCUCUUAUUCCAGCGCACCCUUCUUGUGUGUGCAUUUGCCAACAUUCACUCCCAAGAUUAGGCAGAUGGUCAUUGACCAAAAAUAAGUACGAUAAGGCUGUCGAAAUUGACAUUAAGGAAGAUUAAGAUAAGAGAUUGCCAAUCGAAGGAGGCUAUGUGUUCAAGAACAAAGAAAUAAUUAGGUUGAUGACUCGUAUGAGAUGACUUGGUGGUGUGGAGGUGGAUUUGUGACUGUGAGGUCAUGGGUUCAAACUCCAACACCUCAAGGUCACAAGCCACACAUGGUUCGUCUAGUGUAACGGAUGUAAUCCAGUGCAUUUUAAGAAAGACAAUUGAUUUCAUAGUAAUCCAUCUUAUUACACAAUCAUUUUUAGCUUCUGAUUUAUCUCCUGAAUGCUAGGCAUGUCUUUCUUUUUUAUCUAGCAAUUCACGCAAACACAUGUAAUUCGAUGCUUCUUUAGAUAUAUUUUAAUUUGGACGUGUCAA